AUGAAUUCUCAUUUAUUACCCGAAGAAAUAAGGAAAUUUUGUUCUUUGCAUAACAUUAAUUUAUCUUAUGAAACACCAACAUCACCAAUAUCAUCAACAACCUAUUUUUCUCCUCAAUAUCAACAACAUCAAUCAUAUUACGAGAAUUAUUCAUCAUUUUCGCGUCAUCCUCCUUUAUCGAGAUAUUCCUCUACAACAAGAAAUGAUUUUAAUUAUAAUUAUUUUACUAACUUUGAUAAUUUAUUUGGAUAUUAUUCUAAUAUGGUUUCAAAUAAUGUAACUUCACAAUCAAUCUCACGCAGCUUUAAUAGCAAUUCAUUUGCAUCAUCACGUGUUGUUGGUAACGAUACUCUAAGAAAUCGGUCACAAUUAAGAAGAGUUGAAGCUGGUGAAUCUAAAUAUAAUGCAGAUGAUCAAUAUCAUCAUCAACAAUAUCAACAAUCACAAUAUCAUCAACAAUAUCAACAAUUACAAUAUCAUCAACAAUAUCAACAAUUACAAUCACAAUAUCAUCAGAAUAUACAAAUGUCAUCAAGGCAAUUAAUAAAUCAUGAAGAAGGAAUAAAUUCAGAGAUUUCUUCAUUAAAGAGUCAAUCUUUAUAUACAAUUAAUGAAAACCCUCAAUCAAUCAAUUCAAAUAAAUCAAAUAAAGUUAAAAAUUUAAUAUCACCAGGAGAAGAUGAAUUUUCAAAAGAACAAUAUUUACUUAAUAUUGUUUCUGCUUUAUGUAGACAAGUAAAUACUAGAUAUACAGUUAAAACUUGGGUCAAAAAUAAGAGAUAUUGUGCAAUAUUACGUAUUCCAAUACUUAAAAAAUCAUUUGGAGGAUUUAAAGGUACCAAAGAAUCAGCUUUAGAAAUGGUAGCAGAAAUGACGAUAGAAGAAUUUAUUAAAAAGAUGCCAGAUAUAGUUUAUAUAGUAUUGAAAACAAGAGGAUUAAAAGAUGUAACGAAUAUCAAUAAAUUAGAACGUUUGAUUAAAAAUGGAGGAUUUUCAUUAAAAAAAAUUAAUGAUAAAAAUGAGAUUGAAAUAAUAAGGGGAAAAUUAGGAGAAUAUGAAACAAAUUCAAUAACUUCUUUGCCUUAUGAAGAAGGAGGAGAAACAGGCGAUGACGAUAAAUCUCUCUUUCCUUGA